AUGCUGCAUUUAUCAUUUUUGAAACAGUUCACGCGGUUAGCAAUUGGAUCUGCUAAGGUUCAGCCCCUUAACUCGAAAAAUAUUUGCACAACCGCUGUAUUGCCAUUUAAAAUCAGUGAUCAGUUAUGGGCAGAACCAAUGAAGAAGAAAAAGAAAAUGGAUCCAGCCAUAGUAAAAGCUAGAGAGGAAAGAAGAAGGAAAAAAAUUGAAAAACAGAUUCGAAGAUUGGAAAAGAAUGCCAAACAGUUAAAACCUAUAGAUGAAUUAGAACCACCAUUACAUGUCCUUGAUAACUUGAAUACACGCAAACGCAUACCUGUAGUCUUGUCUCCUGCGGAAGUAGAAGCCCGAGCUCUGUUAAACAAGGAAUGGUGUAGAUAUAAACGACAAGAGUACAUGGCUAAUGUCGCUCAAGUUGAUAGAAUAAUGCGGGCACAGAAAAGAGCUUUGGAUCAGUUAUAUGAAGUGUCAGAGGAUUUAUACAAUGAAGCUAUUAUGCCUGACUUACAACUAAUACCUUAUAGUAUUGUUGGACCAUAUGCAACACCACCAAUCAAGAACUACGAUUCCCCAGAUGGGGAGUAUAUAGAUGUUUCCAAAAAGUGGGGUAAUUGA